AGUGCAGUAAUUACGGGUGUCUUAUGGAACUGACCCAACAGUUGGCGAUAAUAAUGAUCGGAAAGCAAGUGAUAAACAACGCCCGGGAGAUACUGGUGCCCAAAGUGCAGGCCUGGUAUCACCGCAAACACACACUCAUCGACACGCAGGGGAACCGGCGGUACACGCGAUGGGAACAGGACUACCGGCUCAUCCCAUACGAGGGGCUGUUCGAGGAAUACCUCGAAAUGAUAUUACAGUUCGGUUUCAUCACUCUAUUUGUGGCGGCCUUUCCUUUGGCGCCGUUUUUCGCGCUUUUGAACAAUUGGUUUGAGAUUAGACUCGACGCUCACAAACUGGUCUGUCAUACCAGACGCCCGGUGCCCGAGAGGGCCAACAACAUCGGCGUCUGGUUUCCCAUUUUGACGUUUCUCUCGCAUAUGGCGGUCAUCAGUAAUGCAUUUCUCAUAGCAUUCACGUCGGACUUCAUACCCAAAAUGCUAUACCACUACGAAAUGGGCCAAAAUAGCCCGGAUUACGACUCGUCGUUGGCCGGGUAUGUCAACUACACACUGUCCACAUCCCCGGCCAAUACCACCGCCCAGACAUGUCGGUACCGGGACUUCAGGGACACUACGGGCCGACACACGGAGUUCUAUUGGAAGCUACAGUUCGUGCGAUUCGUAUUCAUAGUGGUCUUCGAGCACCUGGUGUUCAGCAUAUGCCGACUCAUUGACCUACUGGUGCCCGAUAUACCCAAAGAUGUCGAGCAUAAGAUCAAACGGGAACAGUAUUUGGCGAAACAGGCGCUCACCGACUCGACCACAGCUACCGGUGCUGUCAAUGACGAUGAGACAGAGGUUAUGGACGGCAACGAUGAGGAGUUGCUAACUGUUCAGGGUGAUAAUCACACAUAAUUGUAAUUGUGGUAUACUUUGCACAUAUUUUAAUUAUAAAUAUACCCUGGAUAAACAAUUGCACCUCCCUCUCAGUGUUUGUUAAUUAACACAUAAAUAAGUUU